UUUGACCAUAGAGUUAAACCAAAGGCCAAAGUGAAGAAAGAGUCGUCACAUCUGUGGUGACUGCUGACUCGAAAUAAACUAAAACCACACAUUUGAAAGAUGCCAAUUACUCUCUCUUUCUCGCUUUCUCUCUUUCUUUAUCAACCAGUCACAAUCGUCAGAGACUCAGAGCGAUGCACAAAAACUUGUACAAUGGUAAAAGGACUUGCGGCCGUGGCGGCAGAUAACGGCGAAGGCAUCAACAUCUUACUCUACAUUUGGGCAGCAGUUUUAGCUCUCUCCAUUAGAGCCGCCGUGACUUUCACUUGUAGCGACGGAGCUUCAAAAUCUCAAACUGACGACGUGCAUGGCUCUGCAUGUGCCGCCGGCUGUGGCGGUGGUUGUGGAGGCUGAAACGGCUGGCAGAAUUUUUGUUUUUCUGUGUCAACAACAUGCAAUUUAUCUAUUAACCGGCCUAGUGGUGACACAACGGCGUCAGUAAUACAAACUGGUAUGUUAUGAUAAUUUAACGGGUCUAGUUUAAAGAGGUAGUUUGGUUCAGAUUAAAGGAAGUUGAAUACAAAUCAUACUUGCUUUCUUGUUUUAAUAUAUAUUGAUAAUUUGAAGGAAUUUGAAUACAAAUCAAAUUUGGUUUCUUGCUCUAAUAUGUAUAAAUAAUUUGAAGGAUUAUGAAUAUAAA